CCGCACUCUCCCGCCCCUCACAUGACGUCGCCCUCCUUCUUCCUCCCUCUUCCUCUCCCUCUUUGCUAUCAUAGUUAGCAGUAGCACAUUAGCCUCCUGCAGCUGUCGGUGGCAGUCACUCAGAGAACCUGUCAGUCAGAGAGCUGCUGCUGUAUUUGUGUUCAUCCUCCCCCUACUUCCCUCCUGUAGGAAACCUUGGACGGCCGGGUCGUUCCUUUGAGAGCCUGCUCCAUCACCUCGCCGGGCUUCCUAAGGGGAGAAUAACGUGAUCGUCGUUUUCGAAGACAGGAAGACGCCCUGGGACCUGGGACAUGGCAAGACAAGAACAAGUCCUGGUUCUAGAGCCUCAACACGAACUGAAAUUCAGAGGUCCCUUCACAGAUGUUGUCACUGCCACUCUGAAGCUCACCAACCCCACAGAUAGAAAUGUGUGUUUCAAAGUCAAGACAACUGCACCUCGCAGAUACUGUGUGCGCCCAAACAGCGGCAUCAUUGACGCUGGAGGCUUCAUUAAUGUUUCUGUUAUGCUACAGCCUUUUGACUACGACCCAAAUGAAAAGAGUAAACACAAAUUCAUGGUUCAGUCCAUGCUGGCCCCGUUUGACAUGGUUGACAUGGAGGGAGUUUGGAAGGAGGCAAAGCCUGAAGAGCUGAUGGAUUCAAAGUUGAGAUGUGCAUUUGAGAUGCCUCUAGAAAAUGACAAAACUCAUGAGAAUGUAAGCAACCAAACUGUGUCUCCCUCUGCCUCCUCUGUUAAGACUGAGCACUCUGUGCUGCCCAAGUCUGCCAGCGCCUCCCUGGAUGAUGCAGAGGUGAAGAAGAUCAUGGAGGAGUGCAAGCGGCUGCAGAUGGAAGUCCAGAGGCUACGGGAGGAAAACAAACAGAUCAGGGAGGAUGACGGACUGCGGAAGAGAAAGGUGACCUCAAUGGCCGCCCCUCACUCUUCCUCCUCCACCAUGGUAACCUCAUCCAUGAGGGACGAAGGUCUAAGCACCCGCCUCCUGGCGCUCUGCGUGCUCUUUUUUGUCAUUGGAGUCAUUGUUGGCAAGUUGGCCCUGUAGAGACACAGACGAGAGCACAGUAAUAGAUGGAUGGACGGACGGAUGGCCUGCUCCAAAGGACAAGUGUCCAUGACAGCAACGGGGAAGUCUUCUGGUUUUAUUUUGAUUUCUCUUUAUUAACAUGUAAGGCAAUAUCAAGAUGGUUUGUCUGAAUGGAAAAUAAUUUGUGUAAAAAGAAAAGGAAAGAUGGCAAUUCCAAGAUAACCAUCAGUGCAAGUGUUUUUGUCACAGGUCUUGCCUUUUUUGAGUUUUUUUAUUCUUUCUAAAAAUCACCCCCUUUGAUCCGUUCUCUCCGUCCAUCCCUCCUUCCUCAAUGAUCUUCCGCAACUUGCACAUGUAACAGUUAGUGGUGUGUAGAAGUAGCUUCACGCUGGCUGUAUGUCUUUCAUUGAUUGUUCAUUGAUUCUUAAGUUUUCAAAGUUCCUCACACACAUUGUCAAUAAGAAAGUUCUAACACUUUUCCUCUGAUAACCUCACAUCCAUUAGAACUGAUAUAUUGCCUGAAGAGGUAAACACAAGUGAUUAGAGAAAAACUUUUUGAAAUGUUUUCAAGCCCCAAUUAUUAUUAUUAUUAUUAUUAUUAUUAUUAUUAUUAUUAUUAUUAUUAUUAUUAUUAUUUCUUUUUCUUUGGACUCAAACUCUUCGUAACGUCUUCUAUGUUGUGCCAGUAGAAGCUGUGUGUAUGUGUGUGUGUGUGUGUGCGUGUGAGUGAGAGAGGGAGAGAAAGAGAGAGCGACUGUCUGUCUCACAGCCUCCUGUAGGGAGACUAAUGUGACUGUGUGUGGAUGUUUGUAUGCUAAGAGACCACAAAUGGUGAAAUCGCAAGCUGUUUUUGGACUUGGGAAGAGGGGUGCUUUGAAAACAAACCUGUCAUCUGAUUUUCUGUAAAGUAUAUUUGGGGCAUUUGAUGAAGUUGCAUUAAAUAUUUUAAACAGUUCAGUCAUUGACCAGAACAAGAAAUAGUAGUAAUUUAAUAUAUCAGUACAUUUUUUUUUUUAAUUCGUUGGACACAGAUUAUACAAAAUAAUUAAUGCAGCAUAGAGGUAUAAUAACAUAAGAAUACAAAUUUACCAGAAACCAUCAGACUAUCAUAAUUGACUCUUAACUGUUUGCGUGAUUAUUACUUUCUCAGGAUAAGACAGGCACUGAUUAAAAAAUGUCCCAACUUAAAACAGAAUUUCUCAUUCAAAAAUUGACCUGGACAGUUCCAACAUUUUAGAUAAGUAUGAAACAGAAGUUUUGGCCACCUAUAAUUUCUUCAUGCCAUGGAGUAAUGUAUCUGUAUCCUCAAGUGUAUUAAAGCAGUUUGCUUGUUCUCUUAUAUUACCAUGUACCCACAAAGCUUCUGUUGUUUUAAUAUUCAAAUGCACUAUAUUCAAAUUUCCAAUCAGCAGUCUGCAUGAAAUUACCUUUUUUUUUUUUUUCUUAACUGUUGCAGUUUAUUGGUGGAUCAAAAAAAAUACUCUCUUCUCAUAAGGGACCAUUUUGAGUCAGGUUUAUUAGUUUGUGUUUGAUUAUUUCCUUUUCUUUCUCUUUUCUUUUGUCACUUGAUGGGCUCUCAUGGUCGUGGGAUAACUAAGAAAACACAGCUGUAUUGUCUUUGCUAUCACAUGACCAUCAAGGCAGAUUGCUAAAAAAAAAAAAAGGGAAAGAACUCCUUUUUUUGGUGCCUGAGGGAACUCGGGGAGCACAGAGGUGGGAAUUUGGGCGGCUGGAAUGAAGACUGACCUGUGAAUACGCACUACAUUAGAGAAAAAUAAGGCAUCAGCCCUUCAGACCACAAAUGCAAAGCUACAGUCACACAACAAUGUAAUCACACAGUAAUUGGAUACUCUUUUGUAUGUACAUAAUAAAAAGACUUAAAAAGAUAACUGGCAAAGUUAUUAACAUAUACUGUAUUAAAGGAAGAAAAACAGCCACAAUGAAUCAUGUAGCAUCAUACUGAUUAAAAUACAUAAACCCC